AUGGAUUUUAUGAAAAUGAGUAUCAAUAAAUUAAUAAUUAAACUUUCAUAAUAAUUUAUUUGUCUAAUGUAAGCAGUGUUUCCAAGUGCAAUACAUUCAUAUUGAACCUUCAAAGAUUUGACUUUUAAACCUGAAAGAAUUGAAAAGGAUUAUACUUUAUUGAUAUACUGGAUAUGCAUUAUGUUAAUGUCUAACAUUAUUUAAGUUAAUUAGAAUGUACAUUUUAAUGUGCUACUUAUAACUUAGACACUUUUAAUUGCAAAAUUUGUAUAGACACGAAUUAGCUUAUAACUUUAAAAAGUUAAAAAUUUCAAGUGCUCUUAUUCAAUUGUUAAUUUUAUUAUUUUGAUGAUCUAAUGA